AUGGACGCUCCUGCGCUAUCGGAGAUUACCGUUCACGGGCGCAACCUGUACGGUCUUGUUCCUGCCGCUCUAGCAGCAAGUGAGUUUCCGCGCGAGAUCGCAAUCUUCGAAGUACUAGCACAGCCUGUCGUCAAAUCAGGCUAUCGCAGUGUUACAAGUUCUCCGGGAGAAUGCGCGCCAUACACCAAAGGUCUGAGCAUCAAAGCGCCCGACUCGGCUUUCGAGGAUAGGACGCCACUUCACAGGAAGCUGUCAAAGCGGAAAAAAAGACAGCUCGGCAAGCAAGGCUACCACUUCAAAGGAUAUCAGCCAAGCUAUCGAGAGUUCUCCAGGUUUCUUGCAGCGUAUAGCGACAUCACCCAUCUUCAAAUCGCUGGAUGCGAUAAAUUGCCCAUGUUACGGCUCUGCGACGGAUGCGAUGCGGUGUUCAAACAUAUUGCGACCGCGCACUUCAGUCACCUAACCUAUCUCUCUAUGGAUAAGGCCUACGUGAGCGGGGGCCGGCUCCGCCGCUUCGUCAAGCAGCACACUACGACACUGAAGGAAGUCCGCUUCUCAUCCGUUUCUCUGACAGAUGGCUCAUGGCAAUCUCUAGCCCAGGGCUUGCUCAAACUACCGCAACUCGAGACGCUCUACCUCGACUCCCUCUACCAAAAGCACGAGGUCACCAAGUCCAAGAUUCCGUCUUUCUCAGACCAGAGGUGGUAUCUCGAGCUCGUAUAUCACGGAAAGUCGAAUAUAAAGCUCUUUCUGCAGAUGUUCCUGCAGCACUUCUGGACGGCGAAGUUCGGUCGCAAACCAUAUUCUCGUGGCUAUACCACACAACCGUCGCGCAAGACUCGGGCAAGAUACUACGAGGUGUACAUGUAUGACUUCCCUGAAGUUGUGGCGAGUAACGGAUAUAUGGAAGCUGCAUACGUUGAGAAACGGUAUGCGGAAGAGGUCUUGGACGUUAGUUCUGACUGGAGUGAUAUGCAGUCGUACAGGAUGUACUACUAG